AUGGUCACUCCAAAUGGGAUUAUCUCCUUUACCGUCAUGGGGGAUGACUACUUGCAUAAUGACGAGGCGACUUCGCCUACUCCGUUCCUCACCACCCCUGCUCAGGAACCUGUAGAUGGAGUCAUAAUCGGCUGGAUUCUCAGUGUUGAAUCUAUUCUGAUCAUUUUUACCAACCUUCUGGUGGCCAUCGCUUUGGUCUUGCUGAUCCAUAAGGGGGGCAAUCAUAGCUGGUGCUUUGUCUUAAACCUGGCCAUCGCUGAUAUCCUAGUGGGUCUGGCUAUUACGUCUAUCGCUACUGAUGCAGUUAAAGGACAUGAUGUCUCAAUGCAGAAGGAAGGGUGCUUGCUGCGCAUGUCUUUCGUUAUCACUCCUACUGCUGCAUCCAUCUGCACCAUGUUCUUCAUCUCUCUGGACCGAUACGUGGCCAUCAAGGUGCCAUUACGGUACUCGCAACUCAUGGGCACCAAGAUGAUAGCCGGUGUGUUGGUGUGUCUCUGGCUGCUGUCGACAGUCAUAGGAUUCUUGCCCAAGAUGGUAAAGACCAUGCAGCACAGUCGCUAUGAAAGCGUAUGUACCUUCUUCUCUGUCAUCAACCCUCAGAGCAUCAUCAUAGUCUUCUGUGCCACCUUUUUCCCCAUACUGUUGGUCUUCAUCUACUUCUAUCUAGACAUCCUAAAAAUCGCCUGGAACCAUCAGCGGCGCAUUGAGCAAACCAUGCAAGUGAAUUCCCGCUGCCUCCUGCCGAGUCGUUACUGGGGGCACGUCAAGGCAUUUAGGACCAUCACUGUACUGGUGGGUUGCUUCACCCUCUGCUGGUGCCCUUUCUUUGUGGUCAGCACUAUACAGGUGCUGUGUCCACCAUGCAAACUUUACUGGUUUUUAGAAAACCAUCUCUGGCUGCUGGGGCUCACCAAUUCCCUCAUCAACCCUCUUGUUUAUGCCUUCUGGCAGACCGAGGUACGACAACAACUCUGCGAUAUGUUUGCUUGUAUUAAAGUCACUCAGUGCUGCAUUAAAGAUAACACAGACCAGACGAUGAUCACUCAAACCAGAAACUCUUCAGACCCUGCACUACCUGGUCAGUUUAUUUUUAGGAAGUCUGCUACAUUACCUCUCGCUGUGUCAACAUGUUCGGACUCUGUGUAA